ACAAAAUCAAAAAUGGCAUUCAAAUUUGUAGCAUUCUUUGCCCUCUUGGCUGUGGCUAAUGCUGGUUAUGUUGCUCCAGUUACUACAUAUGCUGCUGCUCCUGUUCUCACCAAAGUGGUUAAUCCUUCAGUGGAUGCUGUUGCCUCUACCCAACAAAAUGUUGUUCGUUCUUUCGCCGGCACCGUCUCGCAUUAUUCCAAAUCGGUGAAUACUCCCUAUUCCAGUGUCAACAAAGUGGAUACACGCAUCAAUAAUAAUGUCUACACUCCUGCUGUUGCCAAAACCGUUUCUUAUGCUGCUCCAGCUGUCCACAACUAUGCCGCUGCUGCUCCUGCUGUUCACACCUAUGCCGCUGCUGCUCCUGCUGUUCACACAUAUGCAGCUGCUGCUCCUGCUUUCCACACCUACGCCGCUGCCCCUGCUGUCUAUGCUCAUGGUGUUCCAGCUGCUGCUCCAGUUGUUAAACAUGCCAUCACCUAUUCUCCAGCUGAAACUGUAGCCCAUGUUAACUUUGAUGCUUUCGGUGCUCAUUGGGGAUAUUAG